GCAACCACUUCCUCUGAGCAUCAACGGCCAUCUUUAAUUGUAACUCAUUCAUGAAAAAGUUGUUGUCGAGCACAUAAAAAAACGCGCAAACCGACCCGUUUUCGCACCAAGCGGCGUCGACGGCGCUGUUUGCGUGCGGCUGGCGGCGACUCGCACAAAGCCGAAGCAGCAGGCCAGCAGCAGGGCCAGCGCCGCGGAAGACUGUCCGCAGAGAAUAAGUAAACACCGAGAGCGAUGAGAAAGAAGCAGACUGCCAAACAGAGGAAGACCGAGGAGACUGCAGAAGUCCAAGAGUUUGUGGUGGAGAAAAUAAUUCGCCGGAGAAUCUGUAAUGGCAGAGUGGAGUACUUCCUGAAGUGGAAAGGCUUCACCGAUGCAGAUAACACGUGGGAGCCUGAGGACAACCUGGACUGUCCCGGGCUCAUCGAGGAGUUUCUGAGAGACGCGGAUCUGUCAGGGGAGACGGAAGAGGAGCGAAGCGAGCAGCAGUUCAUUCCCAGAGAGGAGAUGGCAGAGCAGGAGACGGAAAUAUCCUGCGUGCGGUCCCAGCAGCAGAGCAACAACAGCGUCCUGAAACCAGAUGACGAGGCAUCAGACGCCCCGACCAACCUCAGCACUUACCUCGAGCCUGAAUGCAUCAUCGGCUCCACGGACAGACAGGGAGAGCUCAUGUUCUUAGUCAAAUGGAAGAACUCAGAUGAGUUUGCCCUGCUGUCGGCCCGUGAAGCGAGCGCCAGAUGUCCCCAGGUGGUCAUUGACUUCUACGAGCAGAAGCUGACCUGGCACAGCGACAACAAGGGGCAGUAAAUAAAAAAAAAAAAAAGUGUUUCGUGUGCCGAGGACUGCUGAUAAACAGCUGUGCUUCCACCUAAAGCUUAGUUUCUCCUCCAUCAAGUGUCCUCCAUCAGCUGACGUUUAAGGCACGCAGCGUGAAAUCACGUUCCACUGCAGGUGGAGUUUCAGACCGGCAGCUGCGAGAUCCUCAGCGGGGGAUGGGGGCUUGAAUUGCUCCCGGCUCCGUGGUGCUCAGCGAGGUCACUUUGCCUUCGAGGACACCGAAAUGGAGACUAAAACUAACUUUAGUUCAGAACAGCUGAUUUUUAGUUUAAUUUUAUUUUUCUCUCUGACUAACCUGUUGCUGCAUUCCUGUUGCGUGAUUAUGUAGCAGUCACUGUGGACGUGUUUUUUAGUUUUCAGACAUUGUUAGGCUGUUGUUUAUUUUUCUUUCAUUUAAACCUGUUAGUAUGUUGAAGUUUAUGUUGUGUUUGAUGUUAGCCGACUGAGCUAACUGCACAUUUAGCCCAUGUGCAGAUCUAAAGAUUAACCCUGUUUGUUUGUUUUUUGAUACAUGUAUGGUGUGAAUUAAAAUUCCUGUCUUUGUGAGACCCUUAUGAUUGAUUUUGAAAUGCAAAAAAAAAAGUCCUUUAUUUUCCCAACCUGCAACCUGCAGCUUCUGUUGCAAGUUGUAUUCUCUUAAUUAGGUUUGAUUUUUACAAACGUACUUAUUUGAUAGUGUGAUAAAAGUUUUGUAGCGUUCUUUCAGCCAGCUGAUCAGACGUUUGUAGCAACAUGUGGGAGAGGGGCAGCACCGUGUUGCUCUUUGAAAAAAAUAACAGGUGUUGCUCUGGCAUCUUUUCUCUGGCACUCGAAUUUUCCCAUCAUACUUAUUUGGUGCUUUCAUCUAUAGUGAUGUCCUGUUAAAAAUAAGUUAGAAUAAGUUGACUUUGAUUCCUUUUUAAUAUUUAACCUAUGAGUGCCCGUAAAGGAUUUAUUAAAUGUAGCACUUUAGUUAAGAGACAUUUACCGAGUCACUGCUGUGAUGACUCAGCUGUUUCUAGUAGCUAGCUGUUCCGAUGGCACUGAGGUGACUUUACAUAUCUCCCAUGAGCGUUAUGGGACACCCAGCUGAACCUUAAACCUCCUUAAACACACCUGCUAAACUGCUGUAACUGUUGACCUGAAUCUGUGAAGCCUGCAAAUAAAUGAAACUUUUUAUGA